AUGGAAAAGAACAAUGUAACGUCAAUCUUUCUUCUUGGAUUUCCAGGCCUCCACAAUUUCAGAUUUUUUCUCUUUUUUCUACUCACCUUGAUUUAUCUCACAACACUAUGUGGGAACUUCUUGGUCAUCACCCUAGUGUCUUACAGCAAGAAUCUCCACUGUCCCAUGUACUUCUUCCUGACACAGCUCACCACAUCUGACAUCAUCUUGUCCUCAGAUAUUGUCCCUAACAUGCUCCAGGUGAUUCUGGACAAUGGCUCCUCAAUAAGUCUUCCGGCAUGCAUAGCACAAUUGUUUUUCUUUGCUUAUUCGGAAGCUUCAGAGUGUUUUCUAUUGACAGUGAUGUCUUAUGACAGGUAUCUGGCCAUAUGCCAGCCACUCCACUAUGAUUUGAUAAUGACCUCCAUGGUUUGCCUGAAAUUAAUAAUUUUCUCCUGGAUCUUAGGUUUUUCUGUAGCAUUAGCUCAAUCAGUCAAUAUAUCUCAGCUUUAUUUCUGUAGAUCUAAUGUCAUUGAUCACUUCUUUUGUGAAAUUGAUCCUAUUUUAGAUCUGUCUUGUUCCAGUGUCUUCUACAUAAAGGUGCUGGCUUUAGUCCUCUGCUUCCCUGUCCUAGUGUGCCCAUUCCUAAUAGUCGCCAUCUCAUAUGUAUAUAUCGUCUUUACAAUCCUGAGACUCCAGUCCAUCACCCAAAGGCAGAAGGCUUUCACGACCUGUGGUUCUCACCUCUUAGUGGUGUCCAUAUUUUAUGGGGCUCUGUUUUCUAUAUAUUUGAUCCCAGAAACUGGACAAUCUACUGCAAUACGUAAAAUAUUUUCUAUUGUCUACACUGUGGUGACGCCACUAGUUAACCCUUUAAUUUACAGCCUGAGAAAUAAAGACAUCAAGGAAACUAUUAUGAAACUGUUUUCCAGUUGA